AACGUCCUGAGGAGAAGAACAACCAAAUGAAGAACCUUCACCCAGAGCUUCAGUCCGUUUCCAUGGAAACUAAAGUUUAUGAAGCAAAAACCAAAGUCUGGAUAAAAGGAGAAAAGCUCUGAGAGACAUCAGGAGAAAAUGACAAGAAGAAAUGGAUCAAUUCUACAAUUCUACAGUUUCAUUUAGCAGACGCUUUUGUCCAAAGCGACGUACAACACAAGAAAGAAUUCAGACAUAAGGAAAAACCUGUACCGGGAAAAGCAAACACCUGAUGAGAACACACCUGAUGAGGACACACCUGAUGAGAUCACACCUGAUGUGGACACACCUGAUGAGAACACAGCUGACAGCUCCUGGUAAACAUGAGGAAGGAUUGUACGGCAAAGUUUCCUGGCAGAGAGAAAACCUCCAGAAUUACGUAAGACUGCGAUAUCCAAUGUGACAACAGCCGUAGCAGGAAAUGACCAAACAUGGAGCCGUACAGGUGUGUCCUCACCCUGACAGAGGAAGCAACUGAUGGACGGGGACAGGAACCGGGCGGUUGUGGUCUCCGUGGCCCGGUACGACCCCGGGGUUCCACUGGGACAGAGACCCGGAGUCAGAAAAGACGAAAAGAGGCUCCACAGAACCCUCAGCCGGCUGGGCUUCAAGGUGGAGCUGCACAGCGACCUGAGCAGCGACGAGAUCUACCAGCUGUUCCUGGAAGAGAGCCGGCGGCCGGUCAAGGACUGUUUUCUGGCCGUCUUAUCGUCUCACGGUGAAGAAGGCUGUGUGUUCGGGGCUGAUGGACAACCCGUCCAUCUGUCUCGGAUCUUCACGUAUUUCAACAACGACUACAUGGAGAGAAAGGCCAAACUGUUCCUCAUACAGGCCUGUCAAGGAGACGAUCUGGAUGACGGAGUGGAGGUGGACUCAGUUACCGACACUAUAGAGAGCAGCUCCUUACAGUACCUCUCUGUUCCCGUAGAUACAGCUGUGAUGUACGCCACAGCACCAGGUUAUGGAGCUUUCAUGCACCCCCUCGGAUCGGUGUUCCUCCAGACGUUCUGCACCUUGCUGGAGGAGGAGGGCAAUCGGAACCUGGAGCUGACCCGGCUGAUGACCCGGCUCUCCCACCGGGUGGCCUACACCUUCCAGGCCAAGGGUCGGGUUCUGGGCGGGAAGAAGGAGAUGCCGUGUCUCCUGACCCGACUCACCAGGGAGGUGUUCCCUUUCGCCGAGCCGGAGAAAGACGGCGGGACGACGGGAAUCUCUGCCACAGCGCUGGUCGAUCCGGAGAACGUCAGAAGACGGACUCCUUCCAUCAGUUAGACGGCAUCCUGGUGGAUCAUCUCCUCCUGAAGUACAGACGAUUAUCAGCUGCAAGGAGGACGGAUAAACUAACAGGAAGUAAAAACAGAACAAGAUGGAAGUCUGUGUUGUCCUCAGACUGACUGAGGAGAAAAGCUUCUGUACAAACUGUACCAACCUGUCAACUGUUUACAUGUUAAAGUGUUGUUUUAUGUAUUUAUAUUUAAUAAAGAACAAUCUAAGGAA